UAGUAUCCAGUCCGAAAGAUAGGCACAGUUUGCUGUCUGUCCACGACAUUCACUGCCGUGUAUUCUCUUGUGAGGGGAAACGGGACGAACUUUCGCCCCUUCUAUCGUUUCCUGGCGUGCCAUAUUUCUCAGAGACAUCAUUCUUUGGACUUGGGCACGUACAUUACAAGACAUGUCGCCCACGAUGGCCUCUGAACGGGACCCCCUCAUCACCCGGACGUCCUCGCCGAAGCCGAUGGACCGGAAGAGAUUAGGCAGGGUUGGCCCCAUGGAAAUAUCGAGGCGCACACGAUACGGUAUCCUUGCCGGAAUCUGGGCUGCUACCUUCUUGUCCUCGUUAAACACAACUUUGGUUGCUACUUUGCUACCCUCUAUCUCAUCUGAGUUCAACAAGGCACAUCAAGCCAGUUGGCUUGGUACUGCCUACUUGCUGGCUACCUGCACCUUUACCCCGCUUUACGGAAGGUUGUGUAACGUCAUGGGCCGCCGUGGCGCAAAUCAGCUUGCGGUGUUCUUUGCAGGCCUCGGAACCGUGGCAUGCGGCUUUGCUCCUAACAUGGAGCUGCUCAUUGCCGCCAGAUUUCUUGGCGGCAUAGGUGGGGGAGGAACUUUUACGACUGCAACGAUCAUUACGAGCGAUAUGUAUAGCUUGCGGAACCGUGGAUUGACUCAAGGAGUCGCUGCGGUAUUCAGCAGCCUUGGAAUGGGUCUUGGAGGCCCUCUUGGAGGAUUCAUAGCUGACCGACUAGGAUGGCGUUGGGCUUUCCUCAUUCAGCUUCCCCUCUUCCUCGUUUCGUUCCUGCUGACGUCUAUCAACCUGCAUUACGUGACACCGGGUCGAAGCAAGAGCACCAAGGAAGUCCUCAAGCGUAUCGACUACGGUGGAAGCGCGGCACUUCUUGUUUCUGUGCUCUCCAUCCUCCUCUGGCUGAGCAUGCGCUUCAGCGAGGAACACCCGUGGGCAUCCCCGACCGUCUACGUCCCCUUCACGCUCGCGAUCGUCUUCGCGGCCGUGUUCGUGUACGUCGAGCUGCGCAUCGCCCCGGAGCCGAUUCUCGCGCCCUUCCUGUUGGCGGAGAAGAUCCCGGUGCUGGUCGGGGUCAGCAACUUCCUCGUCGCGACGUGCAACUUCACCGUCAUGUACAACUUCCCGAUGUGGUUCCAGACUGUUGCGCUUACGAGCGCGAGCGAGGCCGGUGCGCAUCUGAUUCCGAACGGUGUCUCUGUGUCCUGUGGUUCGCUCUUUGCGGGGUGGAUGAUGCAUCGCACCGGGAGAUACAAGACGCUCAAUCUGAUCUUCGGCAUAUUCCCCUUCGUCUCCGCUAUUCUGCUCGCUUUCAUGCGCGAGGACUCGCCGCCAAUCCAGCAGUGGCUCAGUAUCCUCCCUUUGGGUUUCGGCAACGCUGUCGUGCUGCAGACGAUGCUGAUUGCGCUGCUCGCUCACCUACCCGCCGACGCCAUGGCUGUUGGCACUGGGUUCGGGCAGCUUUUCCGUGGUAUCGGCCAGGUCGGGGGUGUUGCGAUUUCUUCCGCGCUCUUCCAGUCCGUCCUCACAUCGGAGCUGCGCAAACGCAUUCAUACGCCCGACGCCGAGAGCAUGAUCAGCAAGAUCCGGCGCUCCUCUACGCUGGUCGCGCGCCUCCCGCCCGACCUGCAGCGCGCUGCACGCGAUUCGUACGCGCGCAGCCUCCGCGCCGUGUUCAUCUUCGCCGCCGUCGCAACUUUCCUCGCAUACCUCGUCCGGCUUCCGAUUCCCGACCAGGUUCUAGACCAGCCACGUCCGCGUCCACGCUCGAUUAACGAACUGCCUAACCCGCACCCCGCGAACCCCGCGGAGCUCGCAGAGGAGCUCGCGGAGGGUGCGGACAGCUCGGCGGACGCGACGGAGCUGAGCGACGAGGACAUCGAGGCGCGUGUCCCGCGCCGGCCCCGCAUCGACGGCCGUGAGGACAAUAGGGAGGACGGCGAAGAUGAGGAGGACGGGGUCGGGGGAAUACCAGUGCGCAGGCCGAGGCGCAGACGGCUGUCGACGUUCGAGAGCUCGGAUGGGAUCAUGAACUUGGAGGACGAUUUCAUUGGGGGGUCUGCGAGGCGUUGAAGAGUGGGCUGUGGAACGUGGAGUGUCGAUGCGCUCCCGUGUUGGGUUAGAAAAUGAACGUUGAACGUGUCGCUCUUGCAUUUCUGCUCUUGUAGAUACAUACCCAGUCCCGGUUGACUUGCUGUCCGAUCAAUCAAAACUUUCUC